AUGCCGAAUGCACAGCAAGAUCCUAGAGAAUCAACGCCUCCUAGGUCGUCCCGAGAGUCGAGACGAGAAGCAGCCCAUUCUACGCCAGAUGAUCCCAGCAAAGUCUUACAAGCCCGGAUCAGCCCAGCGGUGGAACGUGGGCCUUUGGUUGGCAAUGCGUUCAAUAGACCUUCGCAGAGAAAACAAGUCCUCGAUGCCUCAUCUCAUCGACCGCGCGACAUUGGUCUUUUUUCUUCAUCGCUCCUCGAAUCGCGCGUCGACAGUCACGACCACGACCGACCCUGUUCGGCCCUGGCUCUGCACCCGGCGGAGUCAACGCACUCAUCUCCCAUUUGUCCGGCUCUGCACCCAUGCCGUAGUGUCGACAAGAUGCAUCACAGGCAAGCUUCCCUUCAACCCAUACCGGAGCGCCAACGACGAGACCUGGCGCUCGAGAGCAACAUCAGCCCGACCAGACCCCUUCGUCUUGGUCAACGAGCCAGCAUUGGCAAAGAGCUGCACAGCGAAUCCUCUGAUACAGAUGACGCGGCUGAACAUGAUCCGCCGGGCAGUUCUGGCCGCAUAUCCCGGAGAUCUUCUCGGGACGUACGAAGAAGCAGCUGGACGAGCGCCAAGCUGUCUUCGCCGCAAGGCUCGGUGGAUGAGCGUUUGCUCCAUCGCAAAUCUACACUCUCUGUUCUCUCGAAUACACACUCUUGCUCUCGUACCUGCGAUCUGAUGAAGCCCAGCGCUUCGAAUGCUACCCUGCACUCGCGUAUCGAAUGCCCACCACUCGACGAGCACACAGAGUCAGGUUCGCGCUCACAAGCAGCACUCCUCUCGGCUUUACUGGCCGUGGGAGAUGCUGAAGUGGCGUUGCGCCAGGCUCGCGAGGCUCUUGAGACCGCCUUCGCCCAUGGACAAGCACAAGCCAGCUCGGAGGUGCCUCGCAGCCAAAGCAAGCCAUGCUCAUCCACCACAAAUGGCUACUCUUCGUUGAGAGAUGUGCUCUCCAUGCCUGCGAGCACGUCCACCAGCAGUACAAGCCCUGACGUAAUUACGCAGCAAAGCCAGCACGAAGUCGACCACAAAGAUCCGGCAUCUCCGCAGUCCUCCGCUGCUGGUUCGACGCCUCGAGUCGUUAAGUCUUACGAGUCUCUCAGCUCAGCAGCGGUUUGUGGUCAAAACGCUUCGUCCAGCGUAGGCAUCGUCCAAUCUUGUGAGCGCACACAAGCCAUUGAAGGUCAGUUCGCAGCAUCCGUCGCGUCGCCGACCGUCUUGGCACGUGCUGCAUCGCUCCUUGAACGACGCCAAAGAGAACGGGUAAAGGCUCAAAAUGCCAUGCUUGAACGCUUCGGUAUGGGAGCAACAUCGUCUGCAAUCGCAGAAGAAAUGGAGAAUUUGGCGCCGGCAUCUGAGCAACGCAAGACUACAGCCGAACGUGAAUCUGCUGCUUUUCACCCCGGCUCUGCGCAGGUGCCGUCCCUGCUUGCUAUCAAACCACCCAAACGCAGACCGCCCCACACAAACGAUGCACCGGCGCGCGAAGACCCUGACAGUGACUCCUCCAUUUACAGUAUCGGGCCCGACAGCGGUCUUGCAACUGCACGUAUCACAGAAGCUCUGGCUCGCGCCGCUAGCAUCACACGAAGGGGUCAAGAGCACCAGCUUGAAGCGCAAAAAUUCGAGAGGCAGGGUGCCGAUGGCGCAGAAAUGACUGACGGUCCAUCGCUCUCUGCCGCGAGCACCGAAGAUGAGGGCGCAAUGAUCAGCGCUUCUCUGACCCCGCGAGACGCUUCCGACAUCUCGCCAAGGCAAAGUCCAAGCAAGACUGAAAAUCGCGAGAGCACUUGUCCGACACCAUCACGAAGACACUCCAUCAACGUAUGGUCCCCCGCAUUCAAUCCGCACGAAUCACCUCACCAAAUCGAAGGUCAUCACUCGCCAGUCUUUGGAUUUGAACUGAGAUCAGGUAGGAGCAGCAUGUACAGCCUGAGCGCGCUUUCAGCUCAUACACACGCCAAUCGAGCAUCGAUACGCCUGUCACAGAAUUUCAACGGUACGGCAGACUCCGAUCUCGGCAUCCAGCGAGAUUCCAAUCUAGUAGCUGGAUCAGCCACGACGGGCUCGGAUCUAGGCACCGUGCUGAGCUUGAAGGGAGAGAAGCCCCAUCAAGGUCCCCUUGACACCGUGUGCGAUGCCAGCCCUAGAAGCGCUCAGGCGCCUGCGAGCUCGGAAAGCUUGGUUGACGACGACUCUGGUACGUACAUGGCUGGAUAGCAAAUCGAACAGCUUAGGGAGCAGUGGGCGUGAAUGACAGCUGACGUAUCAAAUUGUUCCACACAGCUGAAAAGCUGCCAGCAGCCCGCGCAGAUCUGCAAUUUGGCCAGUCGCGCCCGUCCAAGGCGAGUCUCGAGAGUGCAGAGGAUCUGGAGGGCAGCAUUCCUGAUGAGUCGGAUCAAAGCAUUCCGGAUGCGGCUCUCUUCAGGCCACAUGAACUCUCGCAAAUCGUGGAAGUGGACGAGCCCAGCAAGACGAUGUCGAGUCGUCUCUCUGUGACUACAUCCGCGACAGCCGAGCUAUCACGCAGUUUUUCGCGCUCGACUGCACGAAAGGAAGGAAAGCGACAAUUGAGCUGGACGCCCGUGUCUCAAAUUGAAGCUGCUGAUUCCUCUGCGCGUUGCCCUCCGCCUCCCUUGGAGCUCGAGGAGGCGAUGCUGCGGGCUAGCAUUGAGCCCGCCUGGAAGACGCCUCCGGCUUGGGCUCGGCAGGAUCUGCCAUGGGAAGAGCUACGUGUAUGCUACGACACGCACGAGGAUUCAGGCACCGUUGACAGCAUGCAACCAGCACCGAAAGUAGCUAGCUCCCAUGCCGUUCCGUCCUCCGCUCGUGAGAUUAAUGCCGGAGAGCCCGGUGGCCAGGAUGACGAAUCUGCGGAGCACCAGGCGUCGACAACUACACCGCGAAGAGAGUCGAGGCCAGUGACUUCGCUCAUCGACACGACCGGACCUACUCCCGAGUGUGCUCGAGUCCUAGCAGAUAUCAUGGAUGACUCGGAACAAGCACUAGGAGCUGGGCACUCUUCUGGAGUAUAUCACUCUGAGAUCGUUGGCUCUACUUCAGACACUUGUCCUGAAGGCUGGUCGAUAUCAAUGCUAUCGCACUUUGCAGCGCCGACCGGGCUCAAUGAAUCGCACGAGCCUCCAAGCGAGCUGAGAAGGUCUGAUGCAUCCCCGUCCCGCCUCGGUGUCCAGCUGAAGCCUCUUCUUCAGACAAGGGGUCCGGAAAUAUCUGAUGCGGGCGACACACGUGAGAAUAGCCUCGGUCUUUCGACGUCGCAGCUGGUACAGAGCCACUGGAGUUCUGACACUUCAGCGUUCAACAUCAAUGACAGCUAUGGCGGAUUCCAGCUCCGCAGCGACCUUGCCACUCUAG